AACACAAACAAAAACUUAGAUACAAAAACAAAGUUCUGCUAUUUCCUCAUUACCAUGGCAGAAUCAAUUCUCAUUGAUAUGUCUAAUUCAUUGCUUGGGAAGGUUGCUUCUUAUGCUUGUCAAGAAGCUUAUCUAGCCUAUGGUUUGAAAGACAAUCUACAAAGUUUCAAAGACUCUUUGAUAAUUGUCAGAGGUUAUCUACUGGAUGCUGAGUCCAAGAAGGACCAAAGUCAUGCUUUGCGUGAAUGGUUCAAGCAGAUUCAAAACAUUUGCUUUGAUGCUGAAGACAUAUUUGAUACAUUUGAGUUGCAAGACAAGAGGAAGAAAAUUGUCAAAUCCUCCGGAAGCAUCAGAAAGAAGGUAAGCCACUUUUUUUCUAAAUAUAAUCCAAUUGUUUUCCUUCCUACAAUGGGACAUCAAAUAAAAGAUAUUAGGGAAAGAUUGGAUAAGAAAGCAGCCGAGGGGAUAACGUAUGGGCUUACAAGUAUUCCCGAACCUGUCGUGCAGGAAAGAGAAACGACUUAUCCUGAUGUUAAUGUUACAAGUGUAAUAGGAAGGGAUGAUGAUAAAGAUGAAAUUAUCAAGCUUUUGGUGCAACCUUUUCCUCAGGGUGGAAAUGGUGGUGAUAAAAGCAUGUGUGUUAUUCCCAUUGUGGGAAUAGGAGGAUUAGGAAAGACCACACUUGCAAAGUUGGUGUAUAAUGAUGACACAAUGGAUCAACUUUUCCAAUUGAAGAUGUGGGUGUGUGUCGCUCUUAAUUUUGACAUCAAGCAGAUAAUCAUUAAUAUCAUCAACGCCGCGAGUACUUCAGAUUCUAAAGCAGCUUCAGCACCACCGACGAGUCUCACUCCCCAAGAAAACAUCAACAACUUAGAUAUUGUGCAACUAGUAAGUCGUCUGAAACAAAAACUUUCUGGUCAAAAGUUUUUACUUGUGUUAGAUGACAUAUGGAAUGAAGAUCGUGAAAAGUGGAUUGAGUUGGAAGAUUUGAUAAAAGUUGGCGCACCAGGAAGCAAAAUUUUGGUGACAACACGUAGUAAAUCAGUAGCUUGGAUGAUGGGCAAUGUUCCCUCCUAUGAAUUAAAAGGUCUUUCUCCAAAGGAAUGUCUAUCUCUAUUUGUCAAAUGUGCAUUCAAGGAAGGUGAAGAAAAAAGAUAUCCAAAUCUAAAGAAGAUCGGAGAAGAGAUUGUGGAAAAAUGUCACGGGGUUCCACUGGCCGUGAAAACAUUAGGAAAAUCUCUCUUCUCAGACUUUAAUAUAAACAAGUGGGAAUUUGUUAGGGAUUCUGAGAUGUGGAAUUUAGAAAAAAAGAAAGAUGGUAUUUUACCUGCUUUAAAAGUAAGUUAUGAUCAAAUGCCAUCCAUCCUAAGACAAUGUUUCGCUUAUUUUUCCCUUUAUCCCAAAGAUCAUAUCUUUGAUAGUUAUGUAAUGUGUAGUCUUUGGGUAGCCCUUGGAUUAGUACAAUUCCGAAAUGGAAGUGAAAAGCUAGAGGGUGCUGCAAGAAAAUAUAUCGACGAGUUACAUUCAAGAUCAUUUCUUCAGGAUUUCGAUGACAGUGGCCCCUUUUGCCUGUUCAAAGUACAUCAUUUGAUACACGAUCUUGCAUUGUAUGUUGCAGGAGAGGACUUUGUAGCGGUAAACUCCCAAACUCGAAGUAUUCCUCAGCAAGCAAGACAUUUAUCAUUUGUUGAAGAUGAGUCAUUUGGCCAUGCUUUGCUCCCAGAGUCUAGAAGUGUGAGAAGCAUACAAUUUCCCAUCUUAACAAUGGGUCUUGAGAGUGAAAAUGGUCUGAAUACAUGGUUGUCAAGGUACACAUUCUUGCGUUAUUUAGACUUAAGUGACUCUUGUUUUGAAACUGUGCCCAACUCAAUUGCAAAAUUAGAGCACCUCCGUUUCCUCGAUCUUUCUCGUAAUGACAAAAUCAGAAUACUACCAAAUUCUAUUUCCAAACUUCUAAAUUUGCAAGUUUUGUUGCUCAGUGGAUGCACAGAGCUCAAAAGUUUGCCUAAAGGAUUAGGGAAGUUGAUUAACCUUCGACGUCUGAUUGUCACUACAAAACAAUCUAUGCUACCACAGGAUGAAUUCGCUAGCUUGAACAAUCUUCAAACUUUGAGUUUUCAUGAUUGUCACAAUUUGAAGCUUUUGUUCAAACAAUCACUCCCUUCCGUUGAAGAACUGUAUUUUGAAUCAUGUCGGAGCCUGGAGUGCUUACCUCUUUCUAUUUUUCCUAAAUUGCAGACAUUGUUUAUUCGUGAUUGUCGGAUGUUAAACUUGUCAUUGGACAAUGAAAACUCAAUCCAAAAGUUGAGGAUGAAACAUCUGUAUCUCUAUGAUUUUCCAAAGCUUCUAACACUCCCUCAAUGGAUCGCAUGUGCGGUGGACACUUUAGAGACCUUUGUAAUUGUCAAUUUUCCUAAACUUCAAAUGCUUCCUGAGUAUCUUUCUACAAUGGCUCUUCUAAAGAGGAUCUGUAUUGCUCGCUGUUCUCAACUCUCGACUCUUCCAAGUGAUUUGCAUCGCCUCACUGCACUUGAAUAUUUACAAAUACUUGAUUGCCCUGAAUUGUUCCGAAAAUGUCAGCCUCAAUUUGGCGAGUACUGGCCCAUGAUUCGUGAUAUUAAAAACAUUUGGAUUGAACAAGAUGAGGAGGAGGACGACGAGGAGGAGGACGACUGACGAGCCCUCAACCUUGGAAGUGUCAGGAUAGAUGAUAAGAUUGAAGCAGGUUGAGGAGACACAAAAGAGAGCAGAUCUGUUGUUGAUGGCAUUUGAGAACAUGAAUGUCUGAUAAGGAGAAUAAGAAAAUGGUUGUUUUAUUAUAGGCUACUUCUAUGGUUCACAAAUGAGAUAUGUCUUGCAUAAUACACAAGUUAAUUUCUAACAUUUGAUCAAAUAAGAUACCAAAAGAUAAACAUGUGUUAUGGUAUAAGACUGUCUUACUUGUGCACAUUAGACUAAGUCUUUAUUAUAAGUAUCUUAAGAUUUCAAAAUAUUCAUUUUCUUUCAUGU